GACCAUCAGGAUCGUUGCAAUUACUAACUCCUCUCCUCCGGCUGCGGCUCCUGCUGGGUGACAUGCAGUCCCUCAUUUCUCCUGUGACCAAGGCUAUUCUGGUAGCUUUGUUCAUCUUUGCCAUCCUCCUGAUCCUCUAUGUGAUUCUCUGGUAUAUCUGCCGAGAUGUGGAUUGCGAUCACGGAAUCUGAGCUGGGAUGCUGGGCAACGGCUUAACAUAACAAGUGACAGACACACAAGCCAAACCAAAAUCGAAGCCAGCCAAAAGAGCCCAGGGGAGAGAGCCACAAUCGAGGCACAACCUGAGAUUGACCUUCAGAGAUCAGGGUGACCCGGUACUCAUUAAUGAGUGAAGGAUCAAAAGGUGGGACGGUGGCCAAGAAGCAAUGGAGAAUAAAAGCUUAGAAGGCUCGCCAUCAGAUCUAAAGUUAGUGGCUCAUCCAAGAGCAAAGAGUAAAGUAUGGAAGUACUUUGGGUUUGAUACUAAUGCAGAAGGAUGCAUAUUACAGUGGAAGAAAAUCUAUUGCCGCAUCUGCAUGGCCCAAAUUGCCUAUUCAGGAAACACGUCCAACCUUUCAUACCACCUUGAGAAAAAUCAUCCUGAUGAGUUCUGCGAAUUUGUGAAAAGUAACACUGAGCAAAUGAGGGAAGCGUUUGCUACUGCAUUUUCAAAACUGAAGCCCGAAUCAUCACAGCAGGUUGUUCAAGACACUUUAAUUAUGAAGACCAGCCACAAUUAUGAAAACAAAAAGCAUCAAGAAUUGACUUCUGCUGUGAUUAGCCUAAUUUGUGAGGGCAUGUAUCCUUCCUCUAUUGUUGAUGAACCCACAUUCAAGGCACUUUUGAGAACAGCUGAUCCUAGAUAUGAACUUCCUAGCAGGAAAUAUUUCUGCACAAAAGCAAUUCCUGAAAAAUACAAUGCUAUUAGAGAAAUUGUUUUAAAAGAACUUACUGAAAUUCUAUGGUGUGGCAUAUCCACUGACAUGUGGAGAAGUGAAAACCAGAAUAGAUCGUAUGUAACACUUGCAGUUCAUUUUCUGAAUAGUAGCCCUUCUAACUGUUUGUCUGUUAACUCCCGGUGUUUAAAAACGUUUGAAGUGCCAGAGGAAAAUACUGCAGAAACUAUUACACGAGUCCUUUAUGAAAUCUUUAUUGAAUGGGGGAUCAAUACAAAAGUCUUUGGUGCUACAACAGAUUAUGGUAAAGACAUUGUGAAAGCUUGCUCUCUCCUAGAUAUUCCAGUACAAAUGCCUUGUUUGGGGCAGACUUUUAAUGCAGGAAUACAACAAGCUUUUCAGCUUCCAAAACUGUGCAGCCUUCUUGCCAGGUGCCGAAAACUGGUGGAAUAUUUUCAGCAGUCCACGGUCGCAAUGUACAUGUUAAGUGAGAAGCAGAAGCAACAAAAUAUUCUGCACUGUAUGCUUGUAAGUGAUCGUGUUUCCUGGUGGGGAAGCACACUUGCCAUGUUGCAACGUCUUAAAGAACAGCAGUUUGUAAUUGCAGCAGUUCUUGUGGAGGACAGCAAUAACCACCAUCUGAUGCUGGAAGCCAGCGAAUGGAAUACAAUUGAAGGCCUGGUGGACCUACUUCAGCCCUUUAAACAGGUUGCUGAGAUGAUGUCUGCUUCAAAAUAUCCAACAAUAAGUAUGGUGAAACCCCUCCUCCACAUGCUUCUAAAUACCACGUUGAACAUCAAAGAGAAUGAUUUGAAAGAAAUUAGCAUGGCCAAGGAAGUGAUAGCCAAAGAGUUAUCAACAACAUACCAGCAUACACCUGAGAUAGACAUGUUUCUCAAUGUUGCAACUUUUCUGGACCCUAGGUACAAAAAACUACCUUUCCUUUCAGCAUUUGAACGGCAACAGGUAGAAAACAGAGUGGUGGAGGAAGCAAAAAGCCUUUUGGAAAAAGUAAAAGAAAACACUUUCAGGCCUGAAGAAAAGUUCUUUACAGUGUCAGAAGAGCCACCUGUGAAAAAAAUAAUCAUCUCCUCUACCCCUCCCCCUACCAGCGCAAUCAAUAACAUGCUUGCGGAAAUCUUUUGCCAGACAGGAGGGGUGGAAGACCAAGAGGAAUGGCAUGCUCAGAUUGUUGAGGAAUUGAGCAACUUUAAGUCACAAAAGGUUCUUGGUCUAAAUGAAGACCCACUUAAGUGGUGGUCUGACAGACUAGCAUUAUUUCCUGUUUUACCAAAGGUACUUCAGAAAUAUUGGUGUAUUCUUGCCACAAGAGUCUUCCCUGAACGCCUUUUUGGUUCCUCUGCUAAUGUUGUAAGUGCUAAGAGAAACCGGUUAGCCCCAGCUCAUGUUGAUGAGCAGAUCUUUUUGUAUGAAAACACUCGCAAUGUGUCUGAAGCAGAACCUGAAGAUGAGGAUGAAGGCGAGUGGGGCUUGGAACAGGAACAGAUUUUUAAUUUAAAUGACACAGUAAAUGUAAACAGCAAUUUCUUUAAUAUCCGAGACAGUGGGUUCAUUUAACAGGAAUACUAUGGUACAUUAAAUAACAAAGAAAAGGUAUUUGUCUUAAAUUACCAAAAUUAUUCUGUUUGAUGCUAUGAAUACUGUAAAUAUUGAACAAGCGUAACAGACUUGGUUUAAGCUUCUAUUGUAUGUCUUUCCCACCAUCUUAAAACAUGAAUAACUUGUGAUUAUACAGCACUGAAAUGAACAAGGAAGUAAUUCUGCAAAGACCAUGACUCCUGACUCUGGCCCCAAUUUCAGGAAAGCUCUUAUGCGUGUGUUUAAUUCCCAUGUACUUCACUGGGGGCAGGUCUACACUACCCGCCUGAAUCGGCGGGUAGAAAUGGAUCUCUUGGGGAUCGAAUUAUCAUGUCUCGUCGGGACGCGACAAUCGAUCCCCGAAUCAACGCUUCUACUCCACCAGAGGAGGUAGGAGUAAGCGCCAUCGACGGGGGAGCCGCGGAGGUUGAUUUGCCGCCGACCUCACAGCGGGGUAAGUCGGCUCCGAUACGUUGAAUUCAGCUACGCUAUUCGCGUAGCUGAAUUUGCGUAUCUUAAAUUGACACGCCCCCCCCCCCCCAGUGAGGAUGUAGCCUGGGACUUAAAUGUGCUUAAGUGCUUUCUGCAAUAGGAAUGUUUUUUUGAAUUUUGGACCCUAAACAGAGAAGUUUUAAAGAUGUACAAAUCCACUUCUGAAGCCAACAUGGGUUAGGAUUUCAAAGUUUAAUUUCCUAAAUUUAAAGCUGAUUUCAAAAUCCAUAAGUCAGAUCUUCAGAGACUCUUACAAAAAUAUUAGGAAGAAACUAGAUAAUAAAUAAAUUUGAGCCUGAUUUUUUUCACUACCUCAUACUUUUGGCCUCGUCUACACUACAAGUUCUACUGGUAUAACUACAUCAAUUAGGGGGGUGAUUUUUUUGUAUUGACAUACAGGUAUAGGCCCCAGUGUGGAUGCAGUUAUACUGAUAUAGCUUUUUUGCUUCCCAAACCACAAUAAACUAUAUUGGUAUAAGCACUUUUAUGCCAGUAUAACUGCAUCCACACUGGGGGACAUUUUGUCACUCAGGGUACGUCUAUACUUACCUCCGGGUUCGGCGGUAAGCAAUCGAUCUUCUGGGAUCAAUUUAUCGCGUCUUGUCUAGACGCGAUAAAUUGAUCCCGGAAGUGCUCGCCGUCGACACCGGUACUCCUGCUCCACGAGAGGAGUACGCAGAAUCAACGGAGCCUGCCUGACGCGUGUGGACCCGCGGUAAGUACCUUGUAGUUCGAACUAAGAUACUUCGACUUCAGCUACGUUACUCACGUAGCUGAAGUUGCGUAUCUUAGUUCGAACUGGGGGGUUAGUGUGGACCAGCCCUCAGUCAUACUAGUAUAGUUAAAGUGGUAAAACUUUCUACUGUAGACAAGCCCUGAUGUCACCCCUUACAUUUAUACUAAGUAGGUGGAAAUCACAACCACAUCAGAAUUGUGGCAUUUUACAUUCACCUUGUGUGAGUCUAAGUCAGUGGUUCUUAAACUUUUGUACUGGGGACCCCUUUCACACAGCAAGCCUCUGAGUGCGACCCUCCUUAUAAAUUAAAAACACGUUUAAAUAUAUUUAAUGCCAUUUUAAAUGCUGAAGGCAAAUCAAGGUUUGGAGUGGAGGUUGACAGCUCAUGACCCCCCAGGAAAUAAACUCGCGACCCCCUGAGGGGUCAUGAUCCCCAGUUUGAGAACCCUUAGUCUAAGUCUACAUAAGGUGCAAAGCAGCAAAGAAUCAGGCCCCUGAAGGAUGGGGGAAGUAGGGAGAUUGGAAAAUGGCAAGGACCACAUUUGUUUUUAUACAAAUUGUUUUAAUUUAAAUUGGGACUUUGACCAGGGAGUUAGAAAGAUCUUUGGUAGAAAAAGCCUUUCAAAAAAGUAAGCUUUAAUUUUGUGUAAAUGUAUUUAAGCAGGGGAAAAAACCCUCACACAAGUUGUUAGACUUUGAUAAUGUUUCCUGUUACGUCAGCACUUACAAUCUUACUUUUCCCCUUCUUCCCUUUCGAGUCAGUUUGUAGCGGGCUUUGGUCUGGCCCACCUCAAUACUAGUUCUGAUUAAUCGUUAUGUGUACUGCAGUAGCUCCCCCUGUGUCUCUAUGCCUAAAUAUUUUAAGUCUUUUUGAGUACUUAGCAAAAUAAAAGAAUAAAAUGCAUCUCUUAGGAAGAGCUACAUGUCUAAAACAAGUCUAUAGUCCACUUUUUGGCUGAGAGUGGGGAGGCAGCCAGCAUAUUUUGCUUAUGCACGGGGGGAUUUUUGGAAUUACCAUAUUAUAGGCAAAGUUUUUUUUUCUUUUUUUCAUUUCCCAGUUGGAAACAUUCUGGGAAUAUCGCUCUUACCGACUAGAAUACAAAUUCUCAUUAGUCUACAACAGGGAUCAGCAACCUUUGGCACGCGGCUCGCCAGGGUAAGCACCCUGGUGGGCCGGGCCGGUUUGUUUACCUGCUGCGUCUGCAGGUUCGGCCGAUCGCGGCUCCCACUGGCCGCGGUUCGCCACUCCAGGCCAAUGGGGGUGGCGGGAAGCGGAGGCCAGCACAUCCCUCGGCCCGCGCCACUUCCCGCAGCUGCCAUUGGCCUUGAGCGGAGAACCGCAGCCCAUGGGAGCCGCGAUGGGCCAAACCUGCGGAUGUGGCAGGUAAACAAACCCGCCUGGCCCACCAGGGUGCUUACCCUGGGGAGCCGCGUGCCAAAGGUUGCUGAUCCCUGGUCUACAAUGUAGCAUGAAGGUAUAAGUGGGAUGCCCCCUGAAAGUCUGUGUAUCAUGUCAUCUUGGAAAUCAUUCAGUUGUUGCAGAGAUCAGAGACAUUCACUCUGUUGUAUUAGUCUCACAGACUAUGCUAUAAAAUGCAUGUGUACAUAAUAGCACUCAGAUACUGGGAUGAUGGACAGCAGUAUAAAAUGCUAACACAGAACAUGUAUAUGUGUGUGUCUGUGAUUGUCUUAUGCAACACUGAUUUUGGAGAGAUGUCCACCAGAGACUGCUCAGUGUAUUAUUAUGGGAUGACUAUUUGGAAUUCAUAAUCAUAGAUGCAUGGUUUUAUAAAGGGGCUGGUCAAAAGUAAUACAGAAGUAAGAUUUACAGUGAUAUUUAAUAUGCUGUUUCACUUGUACUAUCAAGCUGUAUGUGUUUACAUUUUGUUUUUAUAGUUCUCACCAACAGAUGCACAGUAUGAUCAUUUGGCAGUAGGUGGGGAGGGGGAUUAGAAUCAUGAAACAACUCAAAUGGUGUAAAUUAUCUGGCAGGUUUUAGUUAAUGAAAAAUGACUGUAAAUGGUGGUCUAACUUGUACAGACCUAGCAUUCAGAUGGCUCAAUUCUUCACUACCCUGCAUCUUGUGUAAUUAGUUAUACUUCCAGAAAGUGCGUGUAAAAUACACCAAUCUGAUAUGGUAUCAUUGUACAUCCACUUUGCACAGAUGUACAUGACUACGGAACGUGCAAGGCUGUAGGAGAUUGGGCCCAGAGAAUGUGCAAAACAAGUGUAGCUUACAUGUGUAGGAAGCAUAGCAGAAUAAUUAAUUAACUGGAGGGAGGAAGUUAAAGCAGGCCUCUUAGCUGAUUUUCCUUUUACACCUGCUCCGUGUAUAAGUUACACUUGUUUUGCACAUUGAUUGCCAAGCUGAUAUAACUUACACUACCACAUCAAUUUUAAGAGUAACUUUUACCACAAUUUGUCACCUACUGAAUUUGUCCCUAAAGGAGCUGAAGCUGUUAACAUAGUGCUUAAUUUGUGCCAGGGUUGAGCCCCAGCACCUCUGGGCUUGCCACAUCAGGUAUGAAAGUAAAAAAAAAUUGCUUGAGACCCAGCACUUCUUUCAUUAAAAACUAAGAAACCAGAGGUUUAAAUCUCCUCUUACACUACUGUAAUUAGGAGUAGCUUAACUGAAAUCAGUGGAGUUACACCAAUGUAAAAGAAAAUCAGCCCCUCAGCCCCUCUCCCUCCUCCCCCCCCCGGUCUGAAUUCAGCUAAUGUGUUUUGGUAUUCUCCCAAUCCCUGUUUCCAUGUGGACUGUCUGAAGGCUAAAAUUAUCAUGCAGUGCAGCCUGUUUUCUCCCCAAAUCGGUUUCACCAAUACCAGUGCAAUGCACUGUUCUGCUCCUUCAGGCCUUUUAAUUUUUGGUAUCCAAAAUAAAAUGGUAAUUGGUUCAGUUGACAUGUUUCUUUGUUCUAAGACAAAGCCAUUGUUAGUCCUACCCAUUGUCUGUGAGUUUUUAUUUAAUGUGCUAAGCUUGGAAUAUUGUUAAAUAAACCAGAGAAAUAAAUUAGCUACUAAUUUAUUUGUCUGAUGUGUGUUCAUAUCUUCAGCACUUUAUGACAUUGAACUCUCCAGCACCAAGGCGAGGUUAUAUUUCAAGUUUUUCAAACUAUGUAUAACCCCUCUGUAACUUACUGAAGUAUACUAUACAAAUCUUUCUGGAUACAAAUAUGUUGAGAUCAAUAAUACCUCUCUUACUGAGAAGCUUAGACAAUGUCUCUUGAUAAGAAUUACAUGCAGUUUUCAGGCAACAGUACUGCCAUGUGGGUGAGCCAAGUUGCAACACUGUCCAGCAUGCUGCCACAAAAUGAAUAAACAUGGUUCAUUAUUAUCAGGGUGGGACUAGAGUUUGUUACUGAAUUGUGUUAUAGCCCUAGACUUUGAACGUAUGUUUCUUAAAUUCUAUAUGAACGUACAAUCUGGAAUUGUUUAUAUUUUGUGACACAUGAAGAAAUGGUGAUGGGGGAGGGUGACGAGCCGGGAUGCAACUUUGGAUUUUGCUUCUUGUCUGGAAAAUGAUUUUAUUUUUAACUUCCUUAAAAAUUAAAUUUAUGAUAAAAGAAGACAAAUUACCUUGAAAUUGCACAUCUAAAUAUCCUAAGCUCAACAUUAAGACUUCAUGGUAGGGAUCAGGAUUAAGAAGGCAACUGAUAAUUUAAGUGCUUUUGGGGACAACCCAUUUUUAAACACGUGUUAUGACCUAGAAGGGUAAAGGGAACUAUGAAGAACCCACAAGCUGAAAAGGUUUACAUUUUUAGCAGAAUAUAUUUGUUUCCUAGUUUUAAAAGUCCCACUUACAGAUUAGAAAAAAAAUACUGUAUAUAAGAUAUAAUAGAAUUCCUCAUUUUGAAAGUAUGGAACACCUCUGGAACUGGUAUUAUUAUUUUGUAUUACUAUAGGGCCUAGAGGGCUCAACUAAAAUUAGGGCCCCUCCAAAAACAAAGUAAGAGACUUUCCCUGCCCCGGAAAGCUUAGAAUUUAAAUACUCUUUCAAGAUAGUGGAUCUUUGUAAGGGCAUCCACUGUAGUUUUUCUAUUUAGCUUUUACAUGUUUUACGUUUAAAAAAAAGGUAGCUGCAGCGUAUCUGGUGAAGGCGCUCUCUCCUGUUGGCAUAAUAAAAUCACCUCCGCCAACUGCAGAACCUACGUCGGUGGGAGAAGCUCUCCUACUAACAUAGUGCUGUGCACACAAACGCUUAUAUUGCUGUAACUUAUGUUGCUCAGUGGAUGGUUUAUUCACACCCCUGAGUGACAUAUGUUAUACUGACAUAGGCUGUAGUGCAGACAUAACCUUUGACUUGCUGGUGUCUCCUUCAACCAUCUUGUGUUCAUUAAUAUAAUGACUGGAGCUCUGAGAUUUGCAGAGGAAAGUUUACGUCAUUUGGCAUCAUAUUAUUAUUUGUGUGUAUUCCUGUAGCAUCUAGGGAACCCCUGUCAUGGACCUGGACCCUAUUGUGCGAGGUGCUGUACAAGUGGAACAAAGGUGGAAAAACUUGUAUUGAUAUUUGUUUUGUAAAAUACUUCUUUUGCAGACCUAUGUUUUAGAUCUAGUUUGACAUAACUUCUUAUGCUAGGAGGAUAAUGGUAACAGGGUGUUUGAAUAAUUUUAAUGACUGAAUCAUAGAGAUUUAGAAGACUUCAGUUCUAGAUUAGAGUUCAUAAGUUUUCUCAUCUCUUUAGAGAAUGAUUUAAAGUACAGUGCAUUGUGACACUUUUUAAAUAGGUGUAACACGUGUUAAGGUAUACCUGUACAUGUUAAGUUAUAUGUGUACUGGAAAGAGAAUAAUAUCCUUAUGCAAGCUCCACAUAUUUUACUCCCUUCCUGCUAUUCUUUCCAUUUAAUAUUUUCUUUUCAGAGGAUCAUUCCUUUCUGAAGAUCUUGUGAUCUGGCUUGUCAAGUAACUACAAGGCUAUAUAUAUAUAUAUAUAUAGACCAAGCAUGGUUUUUUUUGUUACAUUGAGAAGGCUCAGUGCAUCUGGCUCUCUUUCCUGGGAUGGUUUUUUUUUUUCUUUUUGGUCAACUAAGAUAUAGUUUGGUGUCUCAUCAUACUUCCUCUGGAUAACUGCUUUUCUGCUAAGGUUAAAAUUUACUUUAUGUGUUGGAAAUGGGGGAAAUUAUAAAAUAGUUCCUCCUCUAAUAUAAAUAAUAUUACUAGUGCAUAUUUUAAAUUAUUUUAAAGGUACAAUGUCAUCUUAAAUAUUUUAUAUUGAAAAAACAGUUCUUUACCUGAAAUACUAAUAGCUACUUAGAUUAUUUUUAAAAUUCUUUCAGUAUUUAUACAUUCACUAUGUUGUGGUUAGUUGACGUAAGUAAGCAUUUGCUUCAGCAUGGACAAUAAAAAUCAACUAAAUAAACUUUGCUUUUGAUUUAGGUCUUGUCAUUUUCAGGCUCUCAGUGCUCAUGUGAUUGGAUUACUAACACAACAGGGAAUUUUAAAGCAAAAUGUCCACUGUAAUUACAAAAAUAUGGAAAUAUUUCCAUUGAUCUUGGAGGUUUAAAUACAUGUUUUAAAAAUCACUAUGGGUGAAAUAUGAGUUGUCAUAACUAGAAAGGAAACUAAAGAUUUUUUUCAAGCACGGUUCAUUCAGAGACUGAAAUGUCAAAGUGACGAGUUUGAGCACAGUAUUCCUGCUUAUCGUUCUUGUGUUUCCUUUUAGGAUGUAAUAUCUUAUCUCCCUGUCAUAUGUAAAGGUCAGUGUUCAGAAAUGAGGACACUGCUUUCUGUAGCAUUUCGAUGCGAUAAUCUGGCCUAUUUUCUUUGCCUCUUUGAGAGGGCUAGCAAAGAUCCUUGGGUAUGUUAUUUCCCAUUGCUCUUCCAAUCCUCUUUUAUUUCCAUUGAGGUUAAUAGUCCAAAUCUGCACUGCUUUGCAGCUUGUGUAGUUAUUUACACCUGUGCAAAGUAGAUGCAAAACAGCACUGUUCUGAUUAGGUAACAAUUUUACACCCACUUUGCUCAAGUGCAAGGCCCUGAUUCAAGAACAUAUUCUUAGUCUGGGGAAUAGUGCUUAAGCAUAUUCAUUUCAAUGGGAUGUAAGCAUGUGCUUCAAGUUAAGGGGUGAGAUUCUCAUCCCUCCUUUAAGCCAGGUAAAAUAGCGGUGUAAAGGGGCCCCAAAAGCCCUGUAUCUGGCCUGUGCAUGAUUACCCUGACACAAAAACUGUGGUAAACAGAUAUAAGACUGUUACAAGUACCCCCUCGAAAGCCUUGGCAUUGGGGCAGGAUGUGGGUGUGUGCCUGGGCAGGGCUGCACCAUGCAGUAAUAUGGAGAUUCCAGUUAGAGCUGUAGCCCACUGGGACACUGUUGUAAUUUAAGCCCCCUGUGCUAUCUAAAGUAAGGUUGCCACCUGUCCAGGUUUUCCCAGGAUCGUCCCUUUUUUGACAUAGCUUCUUCUGGGGAAUCUGUAAGGGUGAUCAGUACACGCUGCCAGCCAGGAGCGACUCCAGGCACCAGCGCACCAAGCGCGUGCCUGGGGUGGCAAGCUGUGGGGGGUGGCCUGCCGGUCGCCGUGAGGGUGGCAGUCAGGCUGCCUUCGACGGCAUGCCUGCGGGAGGUCCGCUGGUCCCGUGGCUUCGGUGGCAAUUCGGCGGCGGGUAUGCCAAAGGUGCGGGACCAGCGGACCUCCCGCAGGUAUGCCGCCGAAUCCGCGUGACCGAGGACCGCCCGCAGGCGCGCCACCGAAGGCCGCCUGACUGCUGUGCUUGGGGCAGCAAAAUAGAGAGAGAGCCGCCCCUGCUGCCAGCUGUCCAGUUUUAUGGGCUCAGGAUCAUCCUGCAUGUCCUGUUUUUAUUUUGUAGCUCAGAGCAGUCUAAGGGCUUGUCUACAUGGUGAGGUAGUACGCUUUACUGGGGUGUGAUUUCUAAAGUGCACUACUGUGUUGACAUUGAUUGGUCCUGUUGGUGCACUUAAACUAGUGCUCUUUGAAGGAGUACUAUGUAAAAGCACACUAAAGAACAUAGGGUCUACACAGACCAGUUAAUGUGCAACGUGUUAUGCACUUCAAAAAUCACACUCCCAUGCAAUGUAAUACCCCAUCUUAUAAACAAGUGCUUUAUUACAUGGUGGGCCUCUCCAGCCACUGUAGCAGAGUGCAGUGGUGGCUUAAAGCCACCAUAAUACAUCUUCCCUCAUGCCUACUCCAAUUGGGCUAUGAAUUCUGUGCUGUACCUCUUAAAGGCACGUCACAGAAUCUCACCCAAUGAGUUAAUAAGCACAUGCUCUAGUGCUUCCCUGUCCUGGGCCCAAAUUACUACACAAGGGGCAAGGCCGUGGAGAAUCAGGCUCGAUACUGAUAGUAGGAAACAAGACAACAGUAAAUAAAUUCGUAAACUUUACCAUGUGGUAGGCAAGUUGAUCUUUCUUCAUACAAUCGUUUUAUGUUAAAAUAAUUUUUACAAGUACUCCUUAACCUGCCCUCUUGCUGAAGUCUCGCAUCCAGAAACUUAGUUGGUGCUUGCAUAAUUGCUUUUAUAUUUUCGAUUUCACAUGACAGGCAGCUUUCUGUGGCACUUGAAGUGUAGACGCUAAGUGGGUACCAUAACUUCCACUCUGCUCUGUGCCAUGACAUUUACUGUUUUGAUGCAUGAUAUUGGAAGCAUUUUGCUUUUAGCACUACCAUGGAUUUUAAUACACAAAGGGUUUUCGGAACCAGGUUAGGCUAACCUUUUUUUAAUUUUUAGUCACCCCUGGAGCUGGGGCUAGGUGCUUUUAAUUAAACAUGAAAUAAACUUGGUAAACGUAUGUACUAACGUUCUGCAGUGGAAAGUAAAUACAAAAUCCAUAACUGUUGUAAAUUACAAAAAUGAUUAGAUAUGUUACAGCUCCUUAAUUUCCGCAGUUAAUUUAGCACACUCAGAAGAAUGUUAUCUUAGUUGUGUAUGUGUAACAGUAAUUCCCUAGACUGCAAAAUGUGUUUUAAAAAAGUGUCCCCUAUAAUUAAGCAGCUUUACUAAGUUCAUAAUUUCAUAUUAUGUAAUUGGUCAAAAUAUUUACUGUCUUGAACCAAAAAUUCAUUUUGUCAUUUUAUUUGAUGGGUUGGUGCAAUUCAUUAAAAAAAUACCACAUCUUGCUUGUU